CAGUGUCCUUUCCGCCUUGUAUUCUCUCCCUGUCACCUCAUCCACACUCACAGACCUCUAUCUUCUCUCUAUAAGAUGGCACACCCCUCUCAAGUAGGGGAGAGAAUCACAUCCGAAAUUCUACCUAGGAAGCAUCGUCCAUCCCCCUAAGAACAAUCCUCUAUCGUAGCUAGGAGCUCUCCUAACACAUGAGGCCAUGCCGUGUGUGAGUGAGCUCAGGAUGAGCUAGGUACCGGCCGGCCUUCUGCACACUCCCAUGAGAGGUGAUCUCUAGCUCCUCCUAGUCCUAGAGCUCUUUAACUCUCUCUCUCUCUCAGACAGACACAAGCGCGUCACGAGCUUAUGCAUGGCCGGACACAUCUGAUCAUAGCUAGCUAGGCCGGACCUCUCUCUCUCUCUCUCAUUCACACAUUCAGAGAGAGACGCAGUGGUGCUCAUAGUCCAAGGACCUAGAGGGGCGGAGUCCUGUCACUAAAGCAUGUUUCCUUUGUGUGAUUCCCCAAGCCCCAUGGACUUGCCACUUUACCAACAGCUUCAGCUCAGCCCUCCCUCGCUAAAGCCGGACCCGGAAGAUCACCACCACCAAUCCUCCUUCUUCUACUACCAUUCCUCCCCUGCCUUCGCCGGCGCCGACGCCGCCUUCCACCACAGCUGCUACCUCGAUCCAGGUGCCGCUACGCUCCCCUCCGCCGAGAUCGACUGCUCGCCGCCGCCGGAGCUGUCGCUCAUGGACCAGGCACUCCCUGCCGCCGGAAAUACUGCGCAAGGUACUGAGCACCACGGCAGCGGCAGCGGCAGCGGCGUUGGUGCUCUCGAGAGCAGGGCUGCCGCUGCAGCGAGGAAGGACCGGCACAGCAAGAUAUGCACGGCCGGCGGGAUGCGUGACCGGCGGAUGCGGCUGUCCCUGGACGUGGCCCGCAAGUUCUUCGCGCUGCAGGACAUGCUGGGCUUCGACAAGGCCAGCAAGACGGUGCAAUGGCUCCUCAACACGUCCAAGAGCGCCAUCAGGGAGGUCAUGGCCACCGACGACAUGGACCCGGCGCACUCCUCCGAGUGCGAGGACGACGAUGGCUCCAGCAUCAGCCUCUCCAACAUGCCGGCGCCGGAGAAGAAGGGCGAUCGCGGAGAGGGGAAGAAGCCGGCAACGGCGAGAGCGGCAAGAAGGGCCGCCAACCUCCCGAAGCCGUCGAGGAAAUCGGGCGGCGCCAACGCGCACACCAUCCCCGACAAGGAGUCGAGGACGAAGGCGAGGGAGAGGGCGAGGGAGCGGACAAAGGAGAAGAACCGAAUGCGGUGGGUCACGCUUGCCUCCACAAUCAACCUCGAGUCCGCGGCGAGGGACGACGAGCUGAUCAUGGCGAGCCCCAACAACAAUCUGAACCGCUCUUCGUCGUCGUCCAUGAACACGGCCGCGAGCGCCGACAAAUUGGAGGAGAGAUGCUGUACCAACGGAGGAAGGACGGUUCAAGAAGCGUCAAUAGCAAGCCACGCGAUCAUGGCGGGCGCCUUCGGCAAUGGAGGAACAUACGGAAGCGGCAGCAGCAGCGGCAGCAACUACUACUACCAGCACCAGCAGCUGGAGGAGCAACAAUGGGAGCUCGGCGGAGUCGUGUUCGCCAACUCGCGGCUCUACUGAUCAAGAGAGAUCAGGCAGCUAGCUUCAUUCAACUACGUGCGUGCGUACGGUACAAGAACUACUCCCCCGUUUGUCUCCCAUCUAUCUGGCCUAGCUUGUUCAUAUCCUUUGUUCGAUUGGAUCAUCGAUGCGCGUAAUAAUUUCUUGUGAAUUAACUUUGUGAUCGGCGACGGACUUGGUUUGGUCAUCGCAUGAUGUAGUAUUGUAGUUUGUAGGUACUUGCUAGUACUACCGUGUUGAUUAAUUCAUGUAAUUCAUUCGUGCGUGGGAUCUAAAUCUGUGUUGAUUCUAUGAUUGUUAAACUGAACUCAUCCAUGUCUCGCUAGGGGAAUCAAAUAAUAUCUUGUAUA